AUGGUAUCUGUCAGGAAAAGAAAGAUGGCCAGGUCAUCUGUGAGGAAAAAUACGAGAAGGAGGAAAGAUAAGCAGCGUGAUAUCAACAUUUAUUCAAAUCCAAUUAUUGCUAAAAACUGGGAUAAGUCAUUAACAUUACAGCAAAACUACAAACGAUUGGGAUUAAGAGCGAAAUUGGGUAGUAUGGCAGGUGGUGUUGAAAAAAAAGUUAGGACAUUAACAGAUUUGAGAAAUAAUACCAAACUGUCUGGCAGUACUACGGUGACUCCUACUAUUGAAGAUAUUGAAAAUACCAAUGAUCCUGCAAGGAUACCUCAGGGAGAGGCUAGAAUUGUUAGAGAUCCGAAUACUAAUGAAGUGUUGAGGGUGAUAUAUGGUACCAUGAAAGUCGACGAAGACGAUGAGAGCAACGAGAAUGAGCAGACAGCAGGAAAGAGUUCGAUUAUCAAACAACUAGAAGAAUAUGCCCAGCAGAAUAGCAAAAUCAAAAAGGAGAGACACCAAUCGGAGAGGGAAAAUGAAUGGUUGAAAUCAUUGUACGAGAAAUACGGCGACGAUUACGAGCGAAUGAAAUGGGAUAAGAAAUUGAAUAUAUAUCAACAAUCAGCAGGGGACUUGAAAAGAAGAAUAACAAAAUGGAAAAAGGCUAAUGGUGUAUAA